AUGUCGUUCGCGUCUCGACCUGUUCAACUUCCUCGGCUGCUCUCUCUCCUCCCUCGAGACGGUGUCAACGCGGUCGUGUACGAGACGCGAUGGGCCGAGAUGGGCAUCCCCGUACCGACCUACUCCGCCAGCAAAGCCUCUGCGCCGCCGACGUCGAGGUGGGAGAUCAAGAAGGUUCGACUUGACUUGUCGGGUCCUAAACCUAUGGGAAGAGCCUGGGGGGUCUUUUACUGGAAGGGUGAGCAGCCCUCGCCGUCGUAGUGGCCACGACAGCUGUCGACUGGAGGAGCGUCGCUCUGACCUCGCCUCUCUCUCUCUCUCUCUCUCUACCACACGCGCACAGGCAAGAGGAUGACACCCGACGACGUCGAAUACGAAAGGGUCAAGGGGGGUCUCAAGUACAUGUGGCAGUCGGUGCUUCCUCCUCCGCGGCUGGUGCACGAGGUCAGGCUUGGCAGCAAGGCGUCUCCGGCCCUCGAUCCUACAGCACCCGCAACACCGUCUUCGUAA